GAACCCGCCCACCACGAGAACUGGUCUGACGCAGACACUGCACCAUGGCCCAGCCCGCACAGUAUGCCUUGAGGGGGCAGGCGAAGGCGCCACACGCGCCACCUGCGCCACGUGCGCCACGUGCGCCACGCGUCACGCCAGCGUCACGCUCGUCCGAAAGGACGGCGAGACAUGGUCAGUUCCAAGGUCACUUCGCUUGGGCUCCCAUUGGGGCCGCCGCGUGCCUCUCCUCCCGGCGAAGUGGUCACACCAAACGCUCCAAGCGGUUUACGCUGGUCAGAGCAGCAGUGUCCGAGAUCUCCUGGGAGGAGGACGUCGUCGAGAAGCUACCCAUUCCAAAGGGAACACCUGUGAAGGUAGUCGGCGAUGACGUCAUCUUCUGGCACGUCCCGGGUUCCAAAGGGAAGCCGUACAACCCAAAGGGCCUGGAGGGCGAAGUGACCUCGGUGAUCGAAGACCCGCACCUCACGGCGAAUCGGCCGAUCCUGGUGAAGCUCACGAAGGCGCCUGGAACUGAGAAGUUCAAGGCCUUCAAUGCACACUUUGAACGAGAUGAGAUCGAGAUCAUCACGGAGUCAAGAGUCGCGGAAGAGGACGUUGGAGAGGUACAGAAUGUGGAAGCGACAGACAGCGAGACUUCUGCGAACUUGACCCAUCUGAAGGAUGACCGCUGGGUGAUCAACCUCUUAUAUGAUGGGGAUUGCCCCUCCUGCAUGAAGCAGGUUGAAUUUCUGCAGAAGCGGAUGGACGAGAACCCUCAGUACCAGGGCUUGGUGGCUUUCACCAACUUGCACGAUCCAGACUAUGAUCCAGCUCUCUGUGGUGGAGUCAUCUUUGAGGAUGGCAUGCGACACAUUCAUGCUGUGACGCGUGAUGGAGAGGUCAUUGCUGGCAUGGAUGUAUUCCGAAGAAUCUACAGCAUUGUCGGAAUGCAAUGGGUGUACGAGAUCACGACCUUGCCUCUGGUCGGCGAGUUUUUUGAUUGGUUGUACGAUUGGUUUUCGGAGUACCGACUCCGGGCGGCGGGCCGCGACGACAUCCUGGAGAAGGUCCAUAACCACCAGGCCAAAAUCCAGGAGCUGUCUGCCACGGAAUGCGACGUGGAAUGCGAGGCCGUCCGCCAUCGGCUUCAGGUGGACUGGGACCACUUGGACCAGGCCCCGAAGAUCGCGACCCCCCGCCCCGCGGUGGCCGCCGCCCGCGCGGACUGAUCCGUCGCGAGCUGCCGCUGCCGCUGCGCUGCGUAGCGAGCAGCCGCAGCGAACCGUCGCGGGCGAGGGCGCAAAAGAGUCCGCGCCGGAGA